AUGGAUAGGCUCAUAUUCUAUUUCAAGUUGCGCAUCCUGAGGUGGCUAACGCGGCUUCUUGCUUGGCUGGAUCGUAGAAGAAGUCCUGCUUUAUCACUCACUCCGAGCUCUAAAGCUUCCAUCCCAUCGACUCUGUCCAAUUCGCUAGGCAGCUUUGACGUAUUUUUCUACCACCCGCCUGGUUACAACCCAAAAACCGCGAGAGAAGGGCAAUACCCUAUCGUCCUAGUCCUUCACGGAGGAGGCUGGUGCGUCGGGAAUGCUCGCCAUGACGAACGGUUCAUCGCUACACUUACAGCACGCAGUUUUUUCGUCGCAGCAGUCAACUAUCGCCUCGCACCCGAGCAUCCAUAUCCCAUUCCAGUCGCCGACUGUCUUGAUGCAAUUCUCUAUGUUUGGAGAAACGCUGCAGCUAUGGGCCUAGACAAGCAACGCACAUAUAUCACCGGCUUCAGCGUUGGAGGUCAAAUGGCGUUUGCUUCGCUAUUCAUGCUAUGUAAAGCCUUACAAGACAAAGACCCACGGAUUGAUCCUGAAAUAGUGGGCAGAGUCAAGGGUAUCACCGCAUUUUACCCGCCAAUGGAUCUGACAAAAUCCAGAGCUGAGCGUGCUGCCUCCAACCCUGCCUUUGUUGCGCUGAAGAAGAAACCGGCGUCAUCUUCCAAGCUCAUCGGCGAUAUCUUUGACCGAGCUUACUUUUGGAAUCUACAACAAGUGCCGGAUAAAGGGGGGCCCUACAUUUCUCCGGGGCUGGCCUCGCUGGACCUCAUGCAGACGGCUCUACCGAAUCGGAUUUUUUUAAAACUUGCGGCCUUGGAUCCUUUAUUGGUUGAGGGCGAAGCCMCCGCCGCUAGACUCAAAGCUGCAGGCAAGCAGGUCGAUUGUAUGACCGUUGCUAAUGUACCACAUUAUUGGGACCAUUUAGCAAAGACAGAAGAUGAAAAAGAGCUGAGGCAAAAACUAUACAACAAAGCAGCCAGUGAGAUUGAGGAUUCCAUGGAGAUCAAAGACUAA